GCCUGAACAUACCGUAGCUGGAUGGUUUCAGGAGCUCACAAUUCCCAAAUACACAGAUACACAGAUACAAACCAACAACAACACCAUGAACCAAACAACUUUUCUUUCCGCCUUUCUUUCGCACUGCGAAGAAACUCCUGACAAGGUGUGGCUCACGCAGCCCAUGAACAACAAGGGCGUCCUGAAGACUUGGACAUUCAAAGAAGCUCUCGAUGAGGCCAAACAAAUGGCAGGAUUCCUUGAAUCCAAAAACUUCGAAAAGGGCACCAAGAUAGCCAUAUGCUCGAAGAACUGUGCUUGGUGGGUUCUAGCGGACAUCUCGAUCAUGUUGGCCGGUCACGUGAGUGUCCCUGUUUACCCCACGUUGACUCGGGAUACAACCGCCUACAUUUUGGAGCAUUCUGAGAGCAAGCUCCUCUUUGUGGGCAAGCUUGAUCAGAAGCCGUGGGAAGAGAUGAAGAUAGGUAUUCCAGACGACCUCGAAAAGGUUUGCUUGCCAUUGGGCAUAGACAGCAGCGUUGGCGCACGCUGGAACGACCUUAUUGAAAAGGCCGAGUCGAUAAAGGAAACCGUGGACCGUGCGCCGGAAGAACUGGCAACGAUUAUAUACACAUCAGGAUCCACAGGCAAACCCAAAGGUGUCAUGCUUUCCUUCAAGGCAAUGACCGCCGCUGUGAGCACCAUAUGCGACGUGUACAAUAUUUCCGCACGCGAUCGGUGGCUCAGCUACUUGCCCUUGAGUCACGCCAUGGAAAGGUUCCUAAUGAACUGUUGCAUGCACUCUGGAAUGGUCAUAUAUUACCCCUGGUCCUUGGAUACCUUUGUGGUGGACUUGCAGAGGUGCCGACCAACGGUGUUUGUUUCGGUUCCUCGUCUCUGGAUGAAGUUUCAGCAGGCUGUGACAUCAAAGCUCCCCAAUGUAUGGCUCCAAUUUCUUUUGCGCAUUCCUAUCAUUGGGGGUCUAGUCCAAAAGAAGAUUCUCUCAGGACUUGGUCUGGAUGCCUGUAGGUUUGCCAUCUCUGGAUCAGCUCCAAUUUCCCCCGAGCUCUUGAUGUUUUACAGUCGCCUCGGUCUAAAUAUGAUGGAAGGAUACGGAAUGACAGAGAAUUACGCGUUGUCUCACUGCGGCAGGAUUGGUCGCACUCGAGUUGGAUACGUGGGAGAGACAUAUCCUGGAGUGGAACACCGCCUAACCGAGGAAGGCGAAGUUGAGGUGAAGACCCCCGGCUUGAUGAUGGGAUACUUCAAGAACGAAGAAGCCACCAAGGCAACCAUUACGGAGGAUGGGUGGCUGAAGACUGGAGAUCGUGGUUCUAUCGACAAGAUGGGACGGCUCAAGAUUACAGGCAGGACCAAGGAGAUUUUCAAGACCAGCAAGGGCAAGUAUGUGGCCCCAAGUCCCAUUGAGAACAAGCUCAACGUCAGCGACCACAUUGAGUUGUCCUGUGUGACCGGCACGGGCUUUCCGCAACCAUUUGCAAUCCUCCAGCUUUCAGAGGCCAGCAAAAAGGCGGCAAGUGAGAGCUUGAAGGCCCAGGCUGAGAUCACCAAACAACUCGAGGCAUUUCGUAAGGGUUCCAUCAACAAGGUGGUGGACCCCCAUGAAGCUUUGGACCGCCUGGUGAUUGUAAAGGACGAAUGGCUCCCUGAGAAUGGGCUCUUGACUCCUACGCAAAAGAUGAUGCGUACAAAGAUCGAAAACAAGUACAAAAGUCACUACGAGCAGUGGAGUUCAUCGAAGAAGACUGUUGUGUGGCACGGCUGGUAAACACACACAUCCGUUUGCUUUUUGACCGACUGAGGAAGGAGUGCAUGAAUGCAAACUCCUUAGUAUAAUAGAAAAGCAACUCAGAAAGUCUACAUAUAAUGCACAUGGAUACAUUU